GCCGAGCCGAUAGACAAAAUAGCUGAGCGCGAACCCCAGCUAAAAAGAAACUCCCCUCUCCCGCUUCUCUUCCCUUAGUUACGUUCGCCGUCGUACGAUUUGCACGUCGUUUGAAAUCUCAAACCUCUUUUUCUCUCUCUAAUCCUCGCACGCGCCCACCUCUACAUGCAUGCACUCUCCCUCACGCCACACUUUCCGACCGCCACCCACUUCCUAACCGUAACCCCGCCGUCACCGGCCACCGACACCGCCCGAUUCUGAGCCGUGCCCUUUGACCGAGUCCUUCACCAGCCGUAUGGAUAGCGACACCGGAACGCCGUCACCGGGAACGGCGCCGACUGCUAGGACGACGCCGUUUAGCAGUGGCGGCGGCCGCGAGGAUUGUUGGAGCGAGGAGGCCACCUUCACACUGGUUGAGGCCUGGGGCGACCGGUAUUUAGCGCUCAAGCGAGGGAACCUCCGACAGAAGCACUGGCAAGAAGUCGCCGACGCCGUCAACUCCGAUCACUGCGACGGCGUUAGGUCUCGCCGGACCGACAUCCAGUGUAAAAACCGAAUCGACACGCUCAAGAAGAAGUACAAGAUCGAGAAGACUAAGGUUUUCGAGUCUGACGGAUCCUACGUCAGUCCUUGGCCUUUCUUCGCUCGCCUUGACGCCCUAAUCGGAAAAAAUUACCCGAUUUCCAAGGUUCUCUCGCCGCCGGCAACCGUCGUUCACCGGAAUCCAUCACCGCCGUCGUGGGCUCGAUACUCCCCUGUGCCGGUUGGUCCCCGAUCUGCGACGCAGAAGCGGCCGGCACCGGUGCCAUCGCCGUUGCCGUUAGCCACCGAUUACUCGGGAUCUCAACGGAAUUUCUCUGUGUUUGCAGCGGCCGCGGUUGCAGCAUUGGCGGAGGAGGCGGAUGAUGAGGACACCGACCGGUCGGGGUCGAGGUCAAGCACGGGAAGUGGACGACGGAAUAGGGAGAGAGAGCCGUUGUACAGUGGAUUGGCACAGGCGAUAGAGAGGUUUGGAGAGAUAUAUGCGAGAGUGGAGGCUGCGAAACAGAGGCAAAUGGUGGAGUUGGAGAAGCAGAGGAUGCAAUUCGCCAAAGAUUUAGAGUUUCAGAGGAUGCAAAUUUUCAUGGAAACACAGGUUCAGCUUCAAAAGAUUAAGCGCGCCAAGCGAUCUUCGGGUAAUGACAGUUACUCUUAGGUGGGUGGUUGGAUAAAAGUGUUGGUGGUUCUGGCCGAUUUCUUUUGGAAAGGUACAGUGAGGUUAACUUAAGAAGAAGAGCAUAGGGUUUCAGUUUAUUUCCGGUGAAUCCCUAUGCUGAAGGAAUACUUGGACGUGGUCAGAAACGCAGACUAUUUAUGGUAACACCCUUUUGUGAAUUAUUAUGGUUACUCUUUUCUUUUUUCUUUUUUAGGGAAACCAGAGUGUUAGAUGUUUAAAGUUUCAUUUUGUUAAAUUUAUUUAUACUCGUCCUUGAGAUUGUCUGGUUACAAUUCGUAUAUCAUGUUUGCUGUAAAAUUCAGGAAUCUCCAAAACUAA